AAAAGAAAUUGACUUUUAUUUUUUUGACGGAUCGAGCGAAGUAUGCUCGCGUCUUUUCUGUCAAAUCAAUCGCGCGUAGCAUUCCGGUGACUUUUAAUUUCCGAUUAUUUGCGUAUACUUCUUCGACUCCUCAGAGAAACACGAUUCUAAACUCAAUCCUUGGACGAAAGUUUGGAUUCGUAUUUUUUGUUUCCUUUCUCGAUAUGCCACUUAACCUAUAUUUCGGACUUGCGUUAAGCUAUAUCGGAACUGUUUGUUUAAUAGAGAGAUGCCACGUCAUAAAUGAAUAAUUUUUCCGGUGUGUUUACGCAUUUGCAACGCGCAAAAAUCAGUGACUUUUGCACUUUUGCAGUGAUCUGAUGCAUCGCUGCCAAUGCGAAUGAUAACGUCAUAUUGAGGGCUGAGUGCGAUCUGUUGGUCUGUAUGCACGAAUAGAAAGAGUAUAAGCUCCACAAUGUGGUCUUUCUUUUCGAGAGAUCCCGCCAAGGAUUUCCCGUACGACAUCGGGGAGCCUAUCUCGGGCUUGGAGAACAAGAGUAUUUGGACAAUACACAGGGCCAAAAGAAAGAUCUUCCACAGGGUACCACAACAGGUGAGGAUGUUUCGGUUUUUGUCUUUGAUGUAAAAAAUGGUGGGGAACAACAACUGGACAUUGCCCGUUUGGCUGUGAAAAGACUCAAGACGCUUAGACAUCCAAGUAUACUUGCAUAUCUUGACAGUCUUGAGACUGAUAAAAUGGUUUACUUAGCUACGGAGCGUGUGGAACCAUUGUAUAACCGCUUGACACAAAAAUGCAAUUACAAAGAGAAUGAGUCUAAGAAGGAAUUGUACUUCUCCUGGGGUAUUUUUCAAAUCACAAGGGCACUUAACUUCUUAAAUAACGACGGGAAUUUACGGCAUAAUAAUGUCAAUCUGUGGACAGUGUUUGUUAACGAAGAGAGCGGUGAAUGGAAACUUGGUGGGGUUGAGUACAUGACGGCUAUAGACACGCCAUACAAUUUCUUACCCUCUAUGUUUCAAGUAUAUCAACUACCAGAGGCUAAAGAAGGCCUAAAGCCUGCAACUAAAUGCUCAGUUGACAUGUGGGGACUUGGCUGUCUGAUUUGGGAAACAUACAAUGGUAUUCUCAACAGCUCUUCGCAACUUAAAAUUACAAAUCAAAUUCCGAAGCAAAUAACGACAGUGUAUCGAGAGCUAACGGGAGCUAAUCCAGAGGGAAGACCAAAUCCUGCAGAUGUGAUAGCGCGUUGUCGCAGUAAUGGUGGUUUCUUUAAAAAUAAUCUUGUUGAUGCCCUUUUAUUCCUGGAAGAAAUCCAAAUGAAGGAAAGAGGCGAGAAAGGGCGAUUUUUCUCGCAAUUGGCGACGCAGUUGGAUUCGUUUCCCGACGGUGUUGGCCGGCACAAAAUUCUGCCGCAAUUACUAGCCGCUUUCGAGUUCGGAGACGCUGGAAGCGCUGUGUUACCGCCAUUGCUGCAACUGGGCUCUCAAUUACCUGACGCUGAGUACCAGCGUCGAGUGGUGCCCUGUGUUGUUAAAUUAUUCGCGUCGAACGAUAGAGCGACGAGAUUACGAUUGCUGCAACAAUUGGAUCGAUUCGUCGAUCAUUUGCAAUCAGCUACAGUUAACGAAGCCAUUUUUCCUCAGGUAGCAAGGGGCUUCCUUGACACAAAUCCGGCAAUCAGGGAAGAAACGAUAAGAUCGGUUGUACACUUAGCGCCAAAGUUAGAUUAUAAUAAUCUUAAUGUCGAGACUUUAAGAUAUUUUGCGAAACUUCAAUCGAAAGACGAACAAGGCGGAAUUCGCACAAAUACUACAGUUUGCCUUGGAAAAAUUGCUCAACAUCUUCACCCUCAGAUAAGGCAGAAAGUAUUAAUUGGUGCAUUUAUCCGUGGAACUCGCGAUCCUUUUCCUCCAGCUAGAAUUGCGAGUAUAUUAGCUCUGGCCGCAACGCAGCAAUAUUUCCUGCUGCAGGAAGUUGCUAAUCGCAUUUUACCGGCUCUGUGUCCACUUACCACGGACAUGGACAAAGGUGUACGAGAUAAUGCAUUCCGGAUCAUUCGAGGUUUUUUAUCGAAACUUGAGACGGUUUCCGAAGAUCCUGGUCUUCGCGAAUCAAUGGAGGCGGAUGUGAAUACUGCAACACCUAGUCUUAGCAAUGCCGCAGCAACAUGGGCCGGAUGGGCCGUUACGGCCGUCACGGCGAAAUUUUAUCGCAGUCAAUCAGACACGCCAAAAUCGUCAAAUGCUCAUAGCACAUCUAGAAUCUUGUUAAAUAAACCCGCUUCUUUAGAACAAGCCAGUAGUUCCCAGAGCAGCGCUAGUACUACUGCAACGACAAGCAGCGCGACAAGCAUGACUUCCCUCGAUCCCGACCACGAGCACGAUACGCAAAACACUCAAAAUACAAAUUCCGAUUGCGAUUGGGAUUGUUGGGAUGCCGAUAAUUGGGGAGACAUGGAGCAACAAUCUAUCGCUACACCAUCGGUGCCAUUGAAUCCAGCCAGUAGUAUACCAUCAUCCGGCCACUCUUCUAAGGCUAAUGAACAGUGGACCAGCCUUGAAGAAGAACCGGAAGAAGAAACAACCCAAGGUGUUCAAGACAAAAAUGAUUCUUCCGAGGUAGGAUGGGAAGAUUCGGAGUUUCAGUCUUUCGAUGAUGUUCAACCUUUAGACCAACCAAGCGUUCCUAGUGGAAACAAUAAGUACGAAGAAGCGAGAAGGAAGAGAGAAGAACGCAAAUUAGCCAGGCAAAGGCAGAUGGAGGCAAAACGUGCGGUGAAAUUGCGAGUCAAUCCAGCCGCGAAAAAGAUUUAAGUGAAUCAAGUAAACGCGCCGUAUGUUAAUCAUUCUGUUGUACAUUAAAAAAGUUAUUAAAAAUAUUACAAUACGAUGAAA